AGCUGACUCCUCUGUCCAGCCCUAGUCCCGCCCGGCCGCACCCCUGACUCACUUCCUUUGCAUGGAACGGAAACCUCCCCAGAGCUUCCUCUGCUCCAGACGCUUCCUGGGGACCCGCAGGUGUCGCCGCCCCCUCCAGGCCCGAGCUGGCCCAGGAGGCCCCAGAACCACCGGACUCGCCCUAGGGAGGACAGCAUUUCCUGCUUCCUGCUCCAGUUGGAGCUCGGGAACACUGAGCUGCAGGGAGAGUGACCUGCAUGCAGAGCGCCGGUCCUGCGCCAUGGACCACGGCCAGCCCAGCCUGGAGCCCGCAGCCGCGGACCCCAGAGCCCCCGGCCCCUGCGUGAUUGCUCCGGUGCGCGCGGUGCUCCGCCUACGCUGCCGCGUGUACGUCCUGCGCAAGCGGCGUCUCCUGCAGCCGGGCUCUGGGCCCGACCUUGGGACCGGGGCCCUCAGGGUGGGCUGCGGCACCGGGGCUCUGCGUGCAGAGCUGGACCAGCCGAAAAUUUUCACUUUCGACGGCCCGGCGGAGCUGUCCUCCAGGGCGCCGCGCAAGAGGCGCCGGCGCAGCCGCGUGGUGCUUUACCCUGAGACUUCGCGCAAAUACCUACCGCGAGCCGAACGCCGGAGCCGCGCACAGCGAUGCCUGCUGCUGCUCGCGGCCAUCGUGGGCUUCCAGGUGCUCAAUGCCAUCGAGAACCUGGACGAUAACGCUCAGCGCUACGACCUCGACGGGCUGGAGAAGGCGCUGCAGCGCGCUGUGUUUGGCCAGCCGGCCGCCGUGGGCCGUAUUGUGGCGCUGCUGCGGGACUACCUGGCCACGCACGUGCACAGCCGCCCGCUCCUCCUGGCAUUGCACGGGCCCAGUGGCGUGGGCAAGAGUCACGUAGGCCGCCUGCUGGCGCACCACUUCCGCGCCGUGCUGGAGGACAGCGCGCUGGUGCUGCAGUACCACUCAGGGCACCACUGCCCCCGGCCGCGCGCCGCGCAGGACUGCCGGGAAGAUCUGGCGCGGCGUGUGGCUGAAGUGGUGGCACAGGCCGAGGCGGAGGAGAAGACCCCUCUCUUGGUACUGGACGAGGCGGAGCUCCUAUCGCCAUCGCUGCUGGACGAGCUACACGGCUUCAUGCAACCACAGCGUUCGCACCACUUUCACAAUGCCAUCUACGUGCUCCUCAGUGGCACCGGUGGCACAGAGAUCACCCAGUUCGUGUUGCAGAACGCGUCCCGCGCACAGCCCCUGCGCCCUGACGAAGUUCGCGGGGCCCAGGCUGCUGCAGAGCAGGCUGAGGAGAAACUGCAUGCCAGUCUUCGGGCACUCCUGGCCCGUGAGCACCCGCUGUGGCAGGCCGCAGCCAUCGUGCCCUUCUUGCUGCUGGAUAAGCAGGACGUGGUCAACUGCUUCCGGGACGAGAUGGCCGGGGAGGGCUUUUUUCCUGAGCAGGCUCGUGCAGAGCUCCUGGCCUCACAGCUCAGCUACUACCGCGUUGCUGGCCGUGAGUUCGCUGUCACUGGCUGCAAGCAGGUGGUAGCCAAGGUGAACCUCUUGUAGCACAGGAGCACACACUGUUGGUGCAGCAGGGGGUGUGGAGAUGUGUGACUUGGGGUCACUAAACUGCUUCACCCUGAAAGAUGGGGGGCUGGCCGAGGUGACUCAGUUUUGUGCUCCCAACUUCCAGAUCCACCCCAGAGCCCUGUUUGUCCCUGAGGUCAUCAGGAGAGUAGCCACCUUCCUGUUCUUAAUCCAGCCCGCAUUCCUCCACACCUGCUAUGCCCAGCACACCCCAGACAUGUAUGAUGGGGUUUGGUCAGCAGCACUAAGAGGUGGGCAGUCUGCUUUCAGGGUACAAAUGACCUCGGAGGACAAGCAGCCCCCCAGAGCCAUACAGCUAAUCCCUAAGGUUGCAGAACUGGGAUGUGAACCCAUCCAUAUGGGGUGCUUGCUACAGCUUCCACAACCCCCAGUAACACCCAGUGGCCCCCUGCACACCUCUUGGGCCUAGGGGCCCAAGGUCCAGAAUGCUUCUCCAGCCCCCCUGAAGGCAUUGGGGCAGUUGGGUGUCUCCACACCAAUGAGUGACCUAUGGACCAGUGGAAUUCCCCAAAUGCUCUGGAUAACUCAGGCUGACAUUUGGUAGGAGGUGGGCCUAAAUGGGGGACCCUGACCUCUGACUCCUACUGCCCUGGCCACUGAUCCACCACAGGGCCCUGAACUGAGGGAGAUGGCCAUGCAGAGAUGCCUUGGACUCAGCUAGAUGCACCGAGCCCGGGCCUUGGGUUCUUUUCCUGGGUGGAGGGGCCCCUUCCACUUUGGCCCCGUGGAGUCCCCAGCCAGCCCUUACAGCAGUGAGCGAAGGAAGUCCUGCUGUUUGCUCCACCCAUCCACCCAGGAGCCACGUUUCCAGGAGCACCAGACUUGUAGGGCUUGGCUGCCUAGGAAGCAGUGGAGGCAAGGCGCCUCGGCAGAUCUUGUCCCCCGUGCGGACUCUCUCUGCGUUCGGCUGUGGAGGUGGUUUGUCCUUGGUAGUAUGGCCGCCUGGCCACCACGGUUGUGCACCUGUCUUCCCUUCGUGCCUGUCUCCUGGGACGCUGCAGAACCGGGUUGCACACGCUCCGCCUCCCGGACUCCCGGACUCCUCCCUCUGGGCGUUUACAGCGCCGACUUUGUACUGGAGCGGCCUCAGUGCUGCCGCCUGGUGUCUACGCCCGGCUCGCUACCAACCCUGUCCUAGAGAGCGCGCGGCCUAUCAGGGAAACAGGAACAAGGACUACGACGUUCCUUUCCUAAAAGUGGGGCUUGCGGGGGCAACGAGGGGAGACAACAUGCAAUGGGUGCGGGGAGAGGAGGGCCCCGCAAAGUAGCAGUGCGCCCUUGCGAAGCGCAGCUGUGCACGCGUGCACCCUGGUCUAAGUUCUGUCGGACCUGGGCUCCAGGGACACCUGCUCCCAACCGUGACCACAAGAGCCCACAGUGUCCUUAGAGGGGCUCGCCAACCGCCUGCCUGAGCGGGUCCUGGCGUUUUCCCUGGGGUUCCUGCCGGCAGUCUGCAGGCCUGGGCACUUGGAUCUGGGCAGAUUCGGGCCUCUCAAACCUGAGUCAGCACACAGAUCCAGGGCCUGGUGGGGGGAUCUGGGUUGCACUGGGUGGCAGGGACCUCUGCCCCUGGGGCUUACGGGGAUAGGGUGGGGUGGUCAGCUGUGGGAUCCCAGGGCUGGCUCUAUCCAUACUAGCCCGACAUCCAGGAGACAGCCUGCAGCAGGACGUCCAGCUGGGCAGUCCCGUGGCCUGUAUCCAUGCUUCAAGGGGUGUGUGAGAGCUGCUGAGCCUGAGGCCAUGUUGUCCAUUCUGGGCAGGGGUGCUAUUGGGGUUCUCACCACUCCCCAGCAGGGUGCCCAGGACCAUGACCACCACCUCCCCUGCCAGCACACACAGUGCCCAGCCAAGGGUGGCUUGUUCCCCCGUCAGCAGCACCUGAAAAUCCAAGCAAUCUUAUUUUAUUUAUUUAUAAAACAUUACAUGGAGGCUAAUUUCUGUGCCUAAGAGGAAUGUGCCGUAAGUGCUGUGGCUGGUGGUGUAUGCCUUUUAAUAAAUCGUGUGGCUCAAAUCCGACAACCCACUUCUUUUGGUCAGUUUCUCUCUCGGCCUGUAUUUACUAGGCCACACUAAUUAGAUCGUUUUACUUUCUAAUAUUUGAGAAACACCAAAAGAGGGAAGGGGUGCAGGUUGGCAGGCUGAGGGCUGAGGCUGGAGAACGUGAGGAAACCCACCAACAGCUGGAAAGUUCCCUGGGCAGGUGCUGCGGGCAGGCUGCCCAGGCUCUGCCUGUGGGAAGCUGCCUGCGGAUCAGACGGUCCCAAGUGGGGCAGGCGGUUUCCCUCCGUGUACACUGCCUUGAGGACACUUGGACCCCAUUUUCACCAUGCAAUGGCCCUUCGGUCUCUAACAGUAGCUUUUUCUUAAAAUGCACUUUGUCUGAGGUAACAGCGGUCCCAGCCUUCUUUGAAAUUGGUGUUUGGGAUAUGUUUUCCUUGCUUGUAAGCAGCAAGCAGUUGGAUUUUCAACAAAUCCAACCUGGCAGUCCUGAUCUUUGAGCUGCUGAGUUUGGCCCAUUGACAUUUACUGUGGCCGUUGCCACAGGUGAACCUCGUGACUUUAUUUUGUGCCUUUUGGAUGUCUCUUUUUCUACACUGCUUUUUUCUUCUUGCUUUUUCUUCUCUCUUAUUCCCUCCCUCCAUUCCCGCUCUCUCUCUCUUCUGCCCCCCCAUCUCCAGUGCUCCCCUUUUCUCUCUGAUGGGUCUGGGAGUCCCUGCACCCCUGUGUCAGCCUGCACCUCACGUGGGCAACCCAGGCUGAGCGGCAUCCGCCCUUGCUCAGGUUAAGGCUGGAGCAUCUCAGUGCUGUGCAGCCCACAUACCAGACCCCUGGCUCCACGGAUUCACUUCUUCUUGGCUCUGGGGAUUGAACCCAGGGCUGUUCUACCACUGAGCUACAUCCCCAUCCUUUUUAUUUUUAUUUUGAGACAGGGCCUCACUAAGUUGCCCAGGCUGCCUAGAACCUGUGACCCUCCUGCGGCACUGUCCCAAGACCCUGGGGUCACAGGUGUGGCUACCACGCCAGGCCAUUUUAUUCUUACAACUUGAUUUAGCCAGAUUCUUUGAAAAACUUUGUAUGAUUGAAAUUUCAUUAACUCUACAGAUCUGAUUGGGGAGGUUGAUAUCAUGACACCAUUACACCUUUAUUAAGACUUAUUUACCAUCUAUGAGCCAAGUUUUGUAAUUUUCUACAGAAAGGUCUUGUUCAUUUUUGGUAGACUGAUUCCUAGACUUGUCAUAUUCUUGAACUGGUGUUAAAAAAGGUCACUGUUGCCAGAUGAAACGUGCCUUGAACAAAGUGCACAGAGCAGAGCACACAUUCAGAGUCUUCUCACAAAGCCCAGGCUUGCUCCCCAGCCAGGUCCGUCAGGGCCACAGCCCUCAAGGAGCCCCCGAAAGCCCCUUUCCCUGGACCUCUCCCUCUGGCCCCAGGCCAGCCUGCCUUCCAAGGUAACUGCCCCGAGUUUUCUUCACGCUUUGAUGACUGAACUUUACAACCCUAACUAACGGCUCUGGUUUAAUUUGUUUCUCAUUUUUCAGCUUUGUUUCUUGCUUCUUAAAAAAAAUAAACAGCUUUAUUGAGGUAUCCUUUGCAUACCAUGCAAUUUACUCAUUUUAAUUGGACAGUUUGAUGAUUUUGGUGAAUCACAGAGUCGUGCAGCGUGGCCACGAUGCAGGCUUAGACUCUCUGCAUCACGCAGAAAGCUGUGACGUGCCCAGACCUGUGUGUCCCCCUCUGCUCGGAUGACCAUGCUCCCUUUCCACCACUGCAGGGUUGCUUUUUUAAAAAGCAUUCGUUCACAAUCGUUUAUUAGGCGUUUUAUUAAGAACUGCAAGAGAGGCGUUUGAGGCUCCUGACGCUAGGACGCCUGUGUUGAGGGGAGACUUGCUUGGGCAGAUCUGAGGCUGGCAGUGGUGUCCAGCGGCCAUUACCGCCCCACUCCGCCCACACGCCGUUGCCGUGCGGCAGUUUGAAGAGGUCUCAGGGCCUUGGAGCUUUUUGCAGCUUUGGUGUCCAGCCUCCCCCCGACCCUGCUACUCGAGGUUCCCUGGCUGUGCAGGAGGUCUCAGUAGCUCCUGUGGGUUGCCUCACAGGGAUCAAAGACAUUUUGCCCACUCGUUCACCCUUUAAUGGCUGUUUGGAUCGUUUCCAUGUUUUAGUCAUUGUGAAUAAUGGAGCAAGAGACAUUUGCUGAGCAUUUCUUUGUCUGACAUAUGUUUUCAUUUCUCUUGAAUAAUACCAAGGAAUGGAAUUGAUAGGUCACAGGAAAAAGAUCUAUUUAAUUUGCAUUUGUGUGUGGUACUGGGGACGGACCCCGGGGCCUUAGUGCAUGCUAGGCAAGUGCUCUGCCACUGAGCCAUAUCCUCAGCCCUUAACUUUUAUUUCUUAUAUUGAGAUAGGGUCUCACUGAGUUGCCCAGGCUGGCCUGGAACUUGCAACCCUCUUGCCUUGGCCUCCUGAUCUGCUGCUGGGAUUACAGGUGAGGUCCUCACACCCAAGUUUCAACCUGUUUUAACACACCUGUGUACGUUUUGUUGCAAUAUUUGUGGGAUUGAAAACCCAGGGCUUCCGGGUUUCCGCAAAGACAGUCACCCAGAGGUUUUGCGGGGGAUCUGCGGGCAAGGUGUGCGGGACAGGGCACUCCCCGCCCUGGGAGGUGUCAGUGCGGCUCAGGACUCGAUCCCUCAGCAACUCAGCCUCAAGACUCCAUGGGGGCUGGGGUUUGCAGCUCAGAGGUAGAGCCCUGGGUUCGAGCCUCAGCACUACAUAAAAAUAAAUAAAUAAUAUAAAGGUUUCGUGUCUCUCUACAACUAAAAACGACUUCACAGGUUGCUCUGGGGCUUGUGGGUGACCUCGCACGGCUUUUCUGCUACAGGCCCUGGAAGAGGGCGGGAGGUGCUGCACCCCGCCUGCCCGGGACCUGGCGAGCACCUUCUGCCCCUGGCCUUUGAGGGUGGCCACAGAGCUCACUCUUUUCGACAGUUUGGAGUCUGCAUCCAGAACAAUGCUGUGUAGAACAGACGUGCUAGAACCCCGUUUCCUGAAUGGCUUCUGAAGCAAACGCUCUUGAAAGUAUCCUUCAUGGUCCGCAAUCUCCACCCUGUGGAGAGGUUUCUCAGGGCCUGAAACCAUCUGAAGUUGCUCAGAACCAGCUUGACCUGCGUGCUGGGCCGAGCCGGGCUGGGGCGGUGGAAGAACUGCCACUGGUCCCCAGUGACUCUCCGGGCUCCGGGGGAAGCUCGGGUGCUACCACUGGGACAGGAGCACCAACCAACAUCCAAGUGGAGGAGGUGCCACUCACUCACUACGUCCUGGGUCCACUGCGUGCUUCUGCUUCAGACUCAGCUGACACCCUGGAUCCCAGGCCAUGGCCGGACAGGACUGAGGGCCCUGUAACUCUUCUCUGGACUUGUUAAUAUCAGCAUUA